AUGAUAAACUGCGCCAUUGAGGCUUUUGAACUCAUCUUCGAACAUGUGUACCGGUCUCGACCAGUUUCAGCUCGCACGCUGCUUCCACUCUAUCUUGCUCAUCCAAUCCCAAGACCUUCAUUGAUUCAUCUGCCUGAUGUCAAUCCGUCGACAUUAUUGUUCUCCGUCACACACACGAAUCUUCUGUUCUUGUCCCCGGUCAGUGCCGAAACAGAAUCGCUAUUCGUACUCGAAUUUAUCCAUCGCGUGAUCGAUGUGCUUGAGGAGUUCCUUGGGGCGCCGUUGCUAUCAAGCAAGAUAGGGAACGCCUAUGAUGUUGUUGCUCAACUGUUGGGUGAAAUGUGUGACGCUGGCAAUGUUUGCAACACCGAACCCAAUGUUUUGAGGGAUGACGUAGAGGUUUCUGGGAUGAUCGGGAAGCUGUUGGGAGGCAUUGGGCUUCCAAGUACUGUUCCAACUCCGAACUCGGCUGCAAAUCUAAAGCAACAACUCGGUCUGACCCCUCUCAACAGCGGCCCUGCUAUCCCAUGGCGGAGAGCAACUGUUCGACAUACAAGCAAUGAGCUAUACGUCGAUAUAGUAGAAACGCUUUCGGUCACCCUCGCGCCAUCCGGUAGACCUUUAGCCGCGUUCGCCAAUGGCUCAAUCCUUUUCACUGCAAAAAUAUCCGGGGUACCAGAUCUGCUCCUGACACUCUCCGCAUCCGGUGGUACUUUAGGCAUGGAGAAAGCUAUCGAGCUCCCGGUCUUCCACCCUUGCGUUCGUUUGGCCAGAUGGAAAGAGAGACCCGGAGAGCUUAGCUUUGUGCCUCCGGACGGCAAGUUCAUGCUUGCCGGAUACGAAGUGAACUUGAUGCCCUCAAAAAUGGAUUUGAACGCCUGGUCUAAAUUCAACCUUCAAUUACCGGUCUCAAUUGAGGUCUCUAAAUCGUUGGGCCCCCUAGGUUUAGAUUUUGAGGUUCGCCUCCUCAUUUCCUCCAUCUUGCCAGGCGCAGCAUCUUCGUCGUCGGGGUCGAGACCAGCCAUAAGCGGUCGUUCAUCUGGCCGUUCGACCCCAAAUAUCUUCAGUGGCAGUAGUGGAAGCUCUGCAGGACCAAAUUUACAGAAUCUGACUGUUACGAUCCCUUUACCCGUUAGUGUUCGAAAUGUGAAGGACCUUCAGCCGAGCCGAGGUGAAGCUUUUUUUUCAGCAACAGAAAACCUAGUAGAAUGGCGAAUACCAAACAAAGACCUCAAUUCCGUCGGAAAUGCGACUUUACGUUGCACAGUAAUCGGUAAUAUAGAAGAGGACGAUGAAGUCGAGGAUGCCGCCCUCACGCUGAAUCCAGUGAAUGGCGAUUAUGACGAGAAUGAAGAUACUUAUCAAGCAAUCUCCUCCAAAACUUCAAAAGCGGCUACUUCGAAGAAAGGCCCUAGCGAGUAUCAAGACAAAUUCAAGGUACAGCAAAAUUCAAUUUUCAUGCCGUCUUCAGCCUCGGUGAGCUUUGGCGUUAAGGGAUGGCUGGCCAGUGGGAUCAAAGUGCAAGGUUUAACCGUCGAUACCAAAAGAAGUCGGGGCUUGGGCGAAGGUGUGAAACCCUAUAAGGGUGUAAAGUAUCUUACUGUGAGCUCUAAAGGGGUCGAGACACGAUGCUAA